AUGACAUUUGAAGAAAAGCCUGAGGGCAAUGGGAGCCUCAUAGAUGAGAACCAGCUGGACCUAGGUGCGAAGCAUCAGCCAAAUGGGAAUCCAGGAGCAAGUGGGAAAGCCAAGCUCUCUGCAAGGCAGGAGGCGAAUGCAAAGUGUGACUUGCCCAGAAAAAGCCUCAACACAUACACCUGGCAGGAGAUCCAGAGACACAAUCAGAAGACUGAUCAGUGGCUGGUGAUCAAUCGCAAGGUCUACGAUGUUACUGGCUGGGCAGACCGGCAUCCCGGUGGGCGGCAGGUCCUCCACUACUGCGCUGGGGAAGAUGCCACGGACGUCUUCAGAGCCAUGCAUCCGGACCCUGACAUUGUGCGGUUGUACCUUAAACCACUGCUCAUUGGAGAGCUUGCUCCGGAAGAGCCCAAUCAGGAGAUAAACAAAAAUUCCCGGUUGGUGGAAGAUUUCCAAGAACUGCGGAGGACAUUAGAGACCUUGAAUAUGUUCAAUGCCAACCUGGGGUUCUUCUUCCUUCACCUUGCCCAGAUCUUGAUUUUGGAGGCCCUGGCUUGGGUAAUAGUGUGGCAUUUUGGCAGUGGCUGGCUUAUCACAAUAUUCAUUUCUUUUCUUCUCACGGUUGCUCAGGCUCAGGGUUCAUUUCUGCAACAUGACAUGGGACACCUUUCCAUAUUUAAGAAGUCCAAGUGGAACCGCCUGAUGCACAAAUUUGUGAUGGGUCAUCUCAAGGGCUUAUCUUCAAAAUGGUGGAACAACCAGCACUCCCUACACCAUGUAAAAACAAACAUCUACCCCAAAGACCCAGAUAUUGACACAGGCCCAUUUUUUGUUACUGGAGAUUUACAACCUGUCGAGUAUGGCAAGAACAGAGUCAAAGUCUUCGACUACGAGAAGCAGCACCUGAUCUUCUGCCUGGUUUCCCCCUUUGUCGUACCAGUAUAUUUCAACCUGAGGUCCAUUCUACAUAUGUGCCACGGAAGGCACUGGGAGGACAUUGCCUGGGCCAUCAGCUUUUAUAUCCGCUAUUUCAUCACAUUCGGUCCUUUCUACGGAAUCUUCGGAACCAUGGUUCUCAUAUAUUUAGCCAAGUUUUUGGAAAGUCCCUGGAUUGCAUAUGUUACCCAGAUGAGCCACAUACCAAUGAAAAUAAGCAAAGAGGGGAACCAGGCCUGGUUCAGCUCUCAGGUCUUGGCCACCUGUAAUGUUGAACAUUCCUUUUUCAAUGACUGGUUCACUGGGCACGCGAACUUCCAAAUUGAGCACCAUCUAUUUCCCACAAUGCCACGCCAUAAUUAUCACAAGGUGGCACCUCUGGUGAAGUCACUGUGUGCCAAGCAUGGACUACCAUAUGUGAAAAAGCCCAUGAUGAAGGCAUUUGGAGAUAUUCACAGGGCCCUGAAGAAGUACGGAGCCCUCUGGAAGGAGGCUUACUGCACACAUUCAGAAAUAUAA